GAAGAAGAACAGCAGCAUUCUUGGUUGAACAAGGCAAAGCAGACGGCAAGCAAUUGUGUAGUGAAGAAAAAAUUAUGAUUUUUGAUACGGCAAAAUAAUAACCAAGGGUAGGUAAAACAAAAAAGUAAGUAUUGCAAAUAUUAUUUUAAAUUAUCAAGAAGCUAAAAGAACUAUUGUGCAAUCGAAAAACAAUGCUAAAAAAAUAAAAAGAAACCAACAACCAUGAGGUAAUAGCACACAUAGUAUAUGGAUGCGGCGGCGACAACGACGACGACGACACCUCCUCUGCAAACAAGGUUUGGAUGCUAAACAAAUACGUACACACAUACUAAUAGUGUUGAUAAAAAUGGAUGCCGAUCUAAUAAAAAAGGCCUUGUGCUUCCAUGGCAAGCCCAUGCAAAAGAUAUGGGACGACGAGAGGGGUGCCAUCGAUUUGCAGAGCCAUGGCGUGGCGGAAGAUGGCAACUACAGCAUUUACAUGGAAAGGCAAAAACAUUUCACAUUUCAGGAUAGAGCCAAGCGGCUGAAAUUGCAUCAAUUUCUGGCACGCAAGGCCGACGAUCUCUACGACAAGGAUCUAGGCAAAAUUCCGGCUGUACCAAGGAAAAUUCAACUUAAUCCGGAAGACAAAAAUAAUACAGCCAUUAUGGUGGAACUGCCACCAUAUGAAACCUUUUUGCAAAAGAAUCAGGAUAAGGUUAAGCGCCACACACUAGAGUCGAUUAAACCGGGUGACAUUAUUUAUGCCACAAUUUUAAAAGGCAAAAGUGGUUCAAUAACUCCUCUAGUGGUCAAGCCUCUAUGCACUGAGGAAAAUAAUUUCAAACUGCUUAAGGAUUAUAAGAUAAAGACCACAAUACCGGCCCAGUUAUGUGGACCCCAAUUGUUGGAUAGUGCCGGUGUCCCCAUCUACAUUGAAGCCCGAGAUUAUGUACGGUGUGAGGUGGUAGAAUUUUCGGUAGAUGCCGAACGCAUGACCCUGAGUUUACAACCAUUUUCAGACAAAAAUAAAAAUAAAAAAUUGGGUAAAAUAACCCCCAAGGAAUUACCAUCGUUGUAUGGUAAACUUACGGAAAACCCACAGAGCUAUGAACAAUAUUUGUGCACUGCUCCCGAAUUGGAGAAUCCUAAUUAUGAUGUCUUGUAUGCAAGUGUUGGUUUAGAUGUGAAUGACAAUUUCACCCUGAUGAAUAAUUUCAAAGGUGGUUUUCCUCAGCAAGAAUAUGCCAAAGAAUUGCGGCAGUUACAGGCCAGCAAGUGGGCAUUUAGAUCUGUGGCCGAGGGUAUUGAAUAUUUCAAGGUUGGCCAACAUGUCGAGGCAUUCCAAUGUUUGAAUAAAGCCCUGAACAUUGAUCCAAGAAAUGUAGAGGGUUUGGUGGCACGUGGCGCCUUAUAUGCCAACAAAGGAUCGUUUCUUAAAGCUGUGGAGGAUUUUGAAAAAGCCCUCACUCUAAACUCACUCCAUGUCAAUGCCCGCAAAUAUAUGGGUGAAACAUUGGUUGCCCUAGGCCGGAGUUAUGAGGAGGAUAAUCGUAUACAAGAUGCUGCCAAGGCAUAUCGUGAUUGCUUGAAUAUCAUACCCAAUCAUGAACAGGCUACAUUACUGCUAGAAGCCAUACAACAUAGAACUGGGGCAAAUGUUGAUGCUGUUCCGCCGCCACCGGUUAUGUUUGGAAGUUCGUAUGAACAGACAGAUAAAGCAUCCUCGGCAAGUCAGGGCUCAGAUUCCGAUGAUUCCUCUGAUUCAGAAUCCGAUUCGGAGGAGAGUCGCCCCACACUCUAUAAUAACAGUAAAAAAGCAGAAUCAUUGUCGCCCUUGAGCAAAAAGUUAGCACUGCAUGCCCAAGAAAUGCAAGCAUCCAGAAAACAGGUGUUUAGCCAACCAUUCUAUGUCAGUCAAAGUGAGACAGUGGCCACGCCGGCUGCAGUUGUUCCCAAUGAAUUUAAGCUUGAUGAAGAUGAUACCGAGACAAGAGUACGUAAGCUUUUGCAGGAUGCUUCAAAACACAAAAAAGAUAAGAAAAAAAGUAAAAAAUCCAAAAAGGCCAAAAAGGCAAAGAAAAGCUCCAAGGAUAACAAGGACUCGGAUGAGGAAUAUUCAAGAUAUGAAGAUCCCAUGGAUAUACAAAGUAGAGAGCAUGCUUUAAAUGAAAAUUUAAAACUCUAUGAAAAAUCCAUACAACUUUUGAAAAAACGCCAACAGCUGUUGGACGAACAGCCCACAACAUCCAGUGCCGGUACGAGUGCCAGCAGAAAAAGAGACAAAUCUGAGUCACCGCCUCCUGCACCCUCAUUUAGAUCUGAUAAAAAUCGAAAUAAUGGUAAGGACUAUCACACCAUUGGCUUUGGUAAAUUUCCAACACAAACAGCCUCAACAUCUAUGCAGCAUCAUAACUCAUCGACCUCCAGGAAAGAUGAUAAAAAGCUUUCAUUUCAAAUUAAAAAGCCUGUUACCGUUGAUAAAUUCGGUUUGAUACGUUUACGUUCCCCCUUUCAACCGGAGAAAAGUCCCACGCCGAAAUCUCCAUCACCUGGCCGAAGUCGUAGACGAUUGUCGCCUCGGUCACGCACGCGUUCUCGUUCUAGAUCACGUUCCCGUGGCUAUCGACGCAGCAGUCGAAGCCGCAGUAAGGGUCGUUCAAGAUCACGUCGUUGGCAUUCACGUUCACGAAGUCGAUCGCGUGGUGAACGUUAUGCCAGUCGACGUAGACGUCGUUCCGUUUCACGUUCUCGUUCAAGUUCAUAUUCCGACAAACGUCGGAGAAAUUCUCGUUCACGAUCGCGUUCACUUUCACGGGGUCGUAGGCGUCGUUCGCCAUCCCCAUUGCGAGGACGAGGGCGACGUUCACCGUCAUCACCCUCCCGUCGUUCGUCGUACAGGCGUUCACGAUCGCCACAUUAUGGUCGUGGACGCGGCGGUAGUCGGGGCGGGCGUGGUGGCGGUUUCGCCCCACGUGGUAGUUAUCAAUCAUCAAAAUUUGGUAAUCGUGUUUGGAAAAAUCCCAAUUCAAGUGAUACCCCCCACACAAAAGAAUUCUCCUCCUCAGAUGGCCGUUGGCCACAUGAUAAAUAUGAAAAUACCUCGAACAAGGGGGCUGGUGAUGAGAAUCCCGAUGAUCCUACCAUUGAGGAAAUUGAUGAAAUUAUCAGUAAGGCCCAGCGUGAACGUAAACAGAAUAUCAUCAAUAAUGAUAAGGAUAUUCUUAAGAAACCAAGUAAAUGGUAAAUAAGAAAACAAAACAAAAAAAAAACAGAAAGAAACAAAAUUAUAUACAGAAUACAAAAUAAUAAUUCUCUUUUUGCAUUUAAAAUGUAAUUUAAGAUACACAUACAUACGUAUUCAAUCAAAACAAAAUUUCGCAAUAAACCAUAGAAA